AUGCCCGACAAGGCGGCCGAAGCCGAGCGCCUGGCCCGGCUCUGGCGCGAGCUGCGGCCGCAGGCGCUCCUCGGCGCCGGCGCCGCAGAGGUGGUGGCUUUCAGCAAGGAGCAGAUUUUGCAGGCCAUCAACUGUGAGAACGGCCACGGCGACACCGUGUCGGAUGGACCAUGUAGCCCUGACUCGGUGUUGCUGUACACCUACACGGGCGGCACCACGAAACACAGCAAGUGCGUGGUGGUCACGCAUGCAAUGGCACUGUGGGAGAUGAAGAAUUACCACAUCGUUUUGGGUGGCAAAAUGUCCUCCAGUGAUCGAGUUUUGCAGUUCACUUCGGCCUACUGGGGGGCUGCCGCGUUUGGCCAGAUCGAUAUCGCCUUAGCGUUUGGCGCUUGUGUGGUUUUCUCCCAGUCGCGCACCGAAGGUCUGGCUGCUGUCAUCGAAGAGUACCAGAUCACGGUGCUGGGCACAGUCCCAUCCCUGCUGCGGGCCACCUACCCCGGAGGUCCCAUGACCAAAGCGCCUUCCCUGCGGCUGGUCCUCACCUGGGGUGAAGCUUUGCCGGUGAAGCUCUCGAAAGCGUGGAAGGAGGUGUGCUUUAUGGUUGACCUUUUGAUUGCAAGUGAGUAUUGGUUGGCCCUCUACAGCCAUUGCGAUGUCUUUAGGGAUCCCCUGGACGGACGAGAGAAGCACCUGCUGAUGCCUUUGCCAAAGCUGCAGAUACAUUUGUUGAGUGCUGAUGGUGACUUGGGGGAUGAAGGUGAGAUGAUUCUCCGAGGUGAUACCGUGUCCCCGGGCUACAUUGGAUCCGAUGGCAGGAUCUGCAACGACGAGGGCAGUGAGUUCUUCCUGAAGGGUCUUCGCUACUUGCGCACGCGUGACAAGCUGAGACGGGUGGAGGGGGGCUGCUUGGUCUACUGCGGCCGAAGUGGGUCCCUUGCGAAGCGCGGGGGGCAGUUCGUAGACCUUGAGGACCUGGCUGAACAGCUGCAGGCCAUCCCUGGCAUGGCCAGUUGUGCCUUGCUUCAGGGCGAGCGGUUAGAAGCCUUCGUGACCCUGGAGCCAGAGGAAGUGCUGAGCAGGUUGCCUCAUCCGGUCAACAGCGCCCUAAACGAUGCCCAGAAGUUGUUGGGACCCACCGCACGGCUGCAUUUGCGAAGCAGGCUGCCACGGCAUCCGGUGACGGGCAAGGUGCAGCGGAAUCAACUGGAGGAGCAGGUCUCAGCCUCUGUGCAACGAGAGCUGCAGCAUUUGCAGCUACGCACGCGGAUUCAAUGGCAGAUGUUGAGGUCAUACUGCAGCUGGUACCCUGUGAUCUUGCUACAGGUGACCUUGGCUACACUUCUGGGCCACCUCGCUCGAGCCCCGGCAACUUGGGAUUUGCUGUGGACCGGGCCUUUGCGACUGCUGCUGUUGCCCUAUCUUUGGGCCGCCUUGGCCUACACGCCGCUGUUGCCCUUGCCCACCAAGCGCCGCACGCGCGCCUUCUAUGAAGGACUCAGCAUCAGCCCCCCUGAAAUGCUGAUGCUGGUGACCGGCCUGGUCCCUUGGAACUGGAUCUGCACCCUUCAGGUCUUGGCUUGCGCUUUGCUGGUGUUUUAUCGGCGAGAGAAGGCCCAACAUGCCUUGCCAUUUUUGGGUUUCGCCUUGGUGAUGCCCUGGCUGCCGUUUCUGGCACAACUGGCGCUGUGUGCAGGAUGCGUCUUGUUGGACGUCUUGCUGCCGCACGACGACCGUUACGUGCUUCCCAGUCUGCCCCUGUGCUUCUACCUCGUGAUGCCAAAAUGGUUCAGCGACGAGGUGAGGUGGUACUUAAAGCGCAAUCGACUGCGGAAGUUGCUGUACUUCUGGUUGCUGCCCAAACCUCCCUGGGACUCUUCGUGGUUUUGGGAGGACCGCGAUAGAUCCUUCACAAUCUUGAACGGCUGCGGCACUGUGCGUGUCGCCAAAGCAAAUCACGGGCUGUCCUUGACUGUGGAGUUUGCCGAAACUGUCCCAGUGCUAAGCCGUAGCGGCCGUAGCGGUCCGGCAGUGCGGCCGUCAGCUCUGGAACAGGAGUCACCUUUGGCAGGCCUAGUGCGUCGCGCCGGGGGCGACCCGUCGGGCGGCUUGCGCCUGGAUUCCCUGCAGGGGACCGUCCUGGCGGAGAUGAUUCGCAAGGAACUGCGGAGGUCCAUCUCAGUCGCAGACGUGCUGCGCAGCAAAGACCUGCUGGAGCUCCAAGAGAAGUUGCAGAGCUGCGACUGCGCAAAGAUGGAGCCGGAGAAGGAAGAUUCCGCUGUUUCCCCAUCCUCCACCUAUCGGCUGUGGAUGUUGCAAUUCCCGCGGCACCCCGUGGAUUGGUGCCUGCGCUAUGAGGCCGGCCGACAUUUAGAUGUACCUGCCAUGCAGCGUGCAGUGGACAGACUUGUGGCGAGGCACUCAGCCCUUCGCACCUCCGAGACACCCGAUGAGCCGCUGCGCGAAAUCAUGGACAAGGCAGCCGCGAUGUGGCAGCUCUGGCGCAGUUGCUGUGGAAGCAGCUGUUAUUGGAGAUACGUCCGCGGGCCUACGGCUUCUGCACUCUUCGCGCUGUGGCCACGGACCGUGGUGCAUGCAUCCGGACACGUUGAGGUGAAGGUCCCCGAGUUGGAAGAUGGUCGCGUGCGACGUGAACGCUGGGAUUGGGCCAGCCACGAUCAGUACAUCGGCGGCUUGUUGGACGACCUCCUGCGGCCCCGACGCUGGCCCUUCGAAGUGGCCGUGGCGCCGCUGUUCUAUGGCCAGGCGACUGGACGUAAUGCAAUCGAGGCAGCCUUGGCGAAGCCGCCGUCGGAAGUGGCCUGGUACAUUUACUGCAGCAUCACCCACGCCUAUUCCGAUGGCCUGUGUGGGCAGGCCUUGUUCGCCGAUUUGCUACGCUUCUAUGAAGAAGAGCUCCAUGGCACUUUGACUCCGCUGGAGCCCGCGCCGGAGCCGCUGGCGCUGCUGCAGCGGCGCUUGUGGCGCUCCUUCAACAGAGAUGCGGCGGAGCAACCUGAGCCGAAUGAGGAUCUAUACCAUGAGUCCAUUUGCGACGCCUGGGGCAAGCGGAGCGGCAUGUCACGCCGCAUCUACUUUCACGCAAACGUGACCCGUACCCUGCGACUGGCUGCCAGCAAUGUGUUUGGAUGCAGUACCGACUUGGCCUGGCUCACGGUUAUCAUGUGUGCCAUGUUCCGGCUCUUCCCACAGCAGCAGCGGAUGAUGUUGAUCCUGAAGGCAUCAUGUAGAGACGGUCCAGGAGAGGGUCAAAUGGUGGCGUUCUUGAGCGAAGCUCGAGUCUUUGCCCUGGAUACCGGAGAUCCAAGUUCUGCGACAAUUUUGGAGGUCCACCAGCAGAUCCAACGUGUGCGACUCUCUCGCGACUGGCGUGCGCCGGAACCCUUCGAGUUUGGGCUUUGUGUUUACGUGAACAUUGUGUCAGCCAUGGUCAACAGCCUUCCCAGUGGAUAUCGCCAUGUGGUCCGGGAAACUUCACCACCCAGUUAUUGGGAUUCGGUGGCGUAUUCCCACCUGAACCUGCGGAUCGACCAGCUUCGGAUGGACGAGUGGGACUUCCGGAUCUUUCAUCACGACAGCGCCUGGGGUUGGGAUUGGCCGACCAGCUUCGCAUAUCACCUAGGAGAAGUGAUCCGACGAAUGGCCAUGGAUCCCUUGUCGCCUUUAAUGGAGACAUGGGCGGUGCUUUCCUUGGUGAUGGUGGCAGCUCAAGGUGCCACCUGGAGACAAACCAUCUUUCAGUCCAGGCGCCAGCAAUCCUUGAGUCAAAGAAUGUCAGCAGAAGCAUUGAUGAUCAUUGCCGAUAUUGAUCCCAUGGCGCAGCGCCAGAGCUUGUCCGAGGACAUGUGGCACUUUGAUGCAGCCCUGCUAGCGCUGAGGACGGGCAACGAUGAGGUCUUACCACCCCAUGAAGCCGCACAACAGGUGCUGCAAGAAGUUUCUGCCGCGUGGCGAUCGCUCAAUGCCACCCUGUCCGCCCUCUUGGGGAGCAACUACGAUGCGACAACGCUGGUGCCAGCUUUGGCGACGCAGAAUCUGCUCGUUUAUGACAAGCUGGAGAAAUUGUCGAACCUCUAUGUGAAUGCAGCGGCUCUGGCCAAUGGCAUUAGCACUGGACAGAACAACGAACGCACGCUGGAUUUGCUGCAGCGGCAAAGCGCGUUGAUUUACAAAGGGUGGAAGGAAACAUUUCUGGUCAGUCAUGAGGUGCUCUCCUAUUCCCAGCUUUUGGACACCAAAGAGCUCUUUACAUCCACCCAUCGAGGCAUGAGGAUUAUGGGAGCCGCAGAACCUUCGCGGCUGAAAAAAUGGAUGAUUUAA